CGUCAUGUGACGUCUGCCUCUAUUUUCUCUGUGCCCGCAUACACCAUAUCUCCACCUGUAUCUCUGCACAGAUCACAAAUGCAUGAUGGUUGGAGAUUUGAGAGGGUUUUUUUUGCAUUUGCUCUCUUUGUGGGUUUUGCAUCCGGAUAUUAUCGUGCUACUAGACACAGUCCUUUAAACACUCCACACUCUUGAACUUUUCACCUAAUGAUUUUCAUCAGAGAGCUUUGAGUGUGUGUGGAUAUAAUCUUUUUUACUCUCUUUCUGUCAGUGAUAGUGCUAUGCUGUGACCAUUGGGGGCACAAUAUGUAUAGAUUAUGAAUAAUCACAAGGCUGAUGUUUGUCACUCCCACAAAACUUCUGUUAAAACUGUGCACUCACACUUGAAUGUAUGAGCAAAUUAGUGAGGGAAAACAAGCACACUAACUAACCUAGAAAGCAUUGUGUCUUUGAUUUCAUUUGAAUAUACUUGUCAGCUUAGGUCAUGUUAUCUGCUAAACAAUAAUGAUUAAUGAAUGUGACUAAAAUUCCCUCAGAAAUCCUGUCAGGUUAGCUUGUGUUAGCUUCUGAACAUUAACGAUUAUUGAAUGUGAUUAAAAUUCCCUCAGAAAUCCUGUCAGGUUAGCUUGUGUUAGCUUCUGAACAUUAACGAUUAUUGAAUGUGAUUAAAAUUCCCUCUGAAAUCCUGUAAAGCUAGGUGUUGUUAGCUUCUGAACAUUAACGAUUAAUGUAUAUAACAAAAAAUUCCCUCAGAAACCCUGUCAGCUCAUGCUAGCUUGUUAGCUAGCAUUACCAAUAAACAGUAUGAGUAGUAAUGAAUAUAAAUAUAAAGAAUUGUCCCAGAAAUCCUGUCAAGCUAAGGCUAGGUUAAACAGCUAGCUCACAUUAUGAACAUUAAUGAGUAUGACUGAAAAGUCUUCUCAGAAUUCUCUCAGGUUAGCUAACCAAUGUUAGCAGGAAAGAUUAUAAAUAUUUAUGAGAAUGCAUUAACAAUCUUCUCAGAUACCUUGGCAGUUUAGCUCAUGCUAACUAGCUACCUAGUGUCAUUAGUGAUUAUUAUGAGCAUUUAAGAUGUGUAAAUAUACAGUGAAAAUUCUCCCAGAAAUCCUUCAAGGCUAGCUCAUGCUGGCUAACAGGAUGUGAAAAUAACUGCGUAUAUAGUGUAUUCUGUCAGGCUAGCACACUGUACCCAGCUCACUAGCAUUAGAAUUGAUAGUUAAAAGUGUAUCUGUGUAUUGUAAAAUCACAGCAUUGCAGAAACCAAAAACUUCUAUGUUUGUGUGUGUGUGUGUGUGUGUUAGUGAGCAGGAAAGAAGUAGAAUCAUUUGCCCACUCGACAGUAUCUUAUGUCUUAUGACUUGGCUCAACCCUGGGUUAGUGCUCGGAGAUGAUGCACACAUACACACACACACACACACAAACACACACAAGCUGGCUCUGUUCAGUAAUCAGUAUCAACAGGAAACAGUAGAGAUGAACUGAUCGUUAUGGCUGUGGUUCCAAAACAUUCCCAGAGCUGCCAAAUGAGUGUGCAUGUAUAUAUAUCUGAGAGUGUGUGUGUGUAAAACGGCUAUGGCUCAGAGAGGAGGCAUUGUCUUGGAAUAAACGUAUCUCUUUUUGCCACCAAGAAUGAGCUCUGUCACUGGAAUGUAAACGGACAUGACCAUGAUUUAUAUCUCUGUCACGGUCACUUUAAUGAUUUGGGAAGAGGGAUCACAAGAUUAGGCAAACCAAAAGAGCUAAACAUUCCCAAGGCCUGGCAUCAUGUAUCUGUGUGUGUGUGUGGGUGUGUGUGUGCACGAGUGUAUGAAGUAAUUUUGCGUAUCCACUGGAAACUUUGGUGGUCUGACUGACCAGAGAAUGCUCUGGGCUUUUCCAAACUGCCUUUCAGCUUCAGAAUUCUCCUCCUUUUUCUAUUUUUUAUUUUGUGUUCUCUUUUCCUCACAUCACUCUCGAACGACAAGCAUUCCAGCCACCGCAGUCCCGCACACAGAGGAGGAAAGAAGAACGUCAUCCCUGCAGCCCAACAUUAUAAUUUAAAUGCUGCUAAUUAUACAGAGGCCGAGCGGAGUGGAGCGGGAUAGAUGGCAAGAUGGAAAAUCCAUGCAGAGGAAGAGUGAUUAAUAGAAGAAGAGAAGCAGAGAGGAUGAGUAGAGGAGAAAUCAGAAGGCUAUGACAAGGGAAUGUACUGUGUUGCCUGUAUAGUGGAGAGCUUCAGGCAUUUUUCAUCUUCAAAGCUCUAAUUUAUAAUGAAGUUUAUAAUAACUGCUCUGUAAUGUUUCAAGAAGUAGCUAGAAUUUAUAGUAACCCAGUGUGUAUGAUAGUUCACCAUACGAACCUGUGAACAAGGUUGAAAUUAAUUUGAAUGUUUGAAUUAGUUUCAGCCGAGAGGAGGAUGAUUACUGGGGAUGUAAUUACUGCUUUUUUCCAGACUAUUAGACCUGGUUUAUUCGUCUGUAGUUCUUCUGUGAAUGUGUAAACGUGUGGGGGUGUCAUGCGCAGACGUUUGCACACGUGUCUGCCAACAUACUCGAUGUGAACAUGGGCAGUAGGUGGCAGUAUCACAUGAACCAAAGAAGAAUAGACAGAAAAGGAAAAACGAAGAAAGUCUCACAUUUCACUGUAGUGAAGAGAGCUGAUUGAGGAAGCAAGGCACUGGAUAUGGAUAUUACGGUACAUGCAGUUACAUACAGAUAUAGUUUUCUUGUGGAAUAAAGUCAAAAUUAAAGCCAGUCUGAAUUCAUAAAGGAACCCUCUGGCACAGUUACUGAGAAGAUGGAGUGGUUUAUUCAGUGGUAGAUCCUGCAUUGUCACAUUUCUGUGGUUUAGUAGUUGCAAGUGGUUAAAGUGUAUUUAACACAAACAAAGCCACAGUGAGUUGGCAGAUUCCAUCGGGUUUUGUGUCCACGUGGAAAUCAAGGCUAGCCUAGUGUGGAAAUGUUUAAAGCCCUGAUUAUGGUUAUGAUAUUGCUCCAGCACUGACUCGCUGUAUGGAUGACAUCAUCAGUACAGACAUGCGUGCAUGCACAUGCAGCUAUGCAGAAAAUGAUAAAUGAUCCUAAUAUAAUGUAAUCAGUGCAGAGCGACUCCACCCUGAACAAACCCGGGCUAUAAUACACUCACACACUGCAUGUAGAACGUCAGCAUGGACUUUUACAUUUUUACAGUCGAUCUUGCAGUCAUACUCUGCUCAGCUUCCCAGAAGGAGAAAUUUUCUGAUGCUUUUUUUAAAUUAAGACACUUAAAAAUAAAAACAGUGAUUGCUUUGGUGCCGUCUGAGUGGGACAGACUGUAAUUUGGAGCACAGUUAGGUAGCUUCCUCCCGAAUUAAACUUUUUUUUUUGCGGAAAGCUCAUCUCAUCUGAACUGAAUUAUGGGAUUACUCUGAGAAGGCCACAUUUAAUCUAAAAAAAAAACAAAAAACCUUUUUCAUAGAAGCACAAAUCUGCAAAAACAGACUACCUGGCUCCUUCUUAGGAAUAAAACACAGGGGUAAUGAUACUAUUGUGCUUGUUGAUUAUCGUUGGAUAUCCUAUAACUAAUAAUGAGAGCAUGCCUAGUAUAUGUGUGCUUGUGUUGCUUGUUGUGCUGUGUGGUGUGUUGUGUGUUGUGUGUAUGCCCCAUCUGGAAGCUCUUUGGUUUCUGCUUUAGAUGAUAGUCUUUUCUUCUCCCUUCUCUCUUCUCAACAUUCAGCUGGAUAAUUUGUACCUUCUGUCAUUUCCUCCUUUUUUCAAACAUGAUAUUUUAAGCUACUUUACAAAUCCAGCACCUCCGAUCCUUAAGUGCCUGUGACUUUAUUUGGCUGUAGUGCAGGUAGAACAUUUUUGAGGAAGUAGCAGAUCUUGAGGUGAUGUGGUAAUGCUCCUUUUUUGGCAUUUACAUUUAUCCAUUUUAGCCAAAAACAAAAAAAAAAAGUGAGGUUGAAUCCAGUCCAAGGACAGAACUGACCAGAAACAAGUGCUAGACGUGAGAGGAAAUGAGCACAAUUUAAAUUAUUUCAGUUAUCCAUCAUGUAUAACACCAGCUAAAAGUUACAAAUUACAUUUGCAGGAAGUCUGUUUCUGUAUAUUAUUUUUAUCUGCAGGUGUGAGGAAUUUAACUCUGAAUCCACUGAAUGGUUUUACAAAUUUUUAAGGGAUUAAAUAAAAGAUUUUAAACUGCAUCUUGAAGCUUAAGAAAGAGAGAGAGUGAAUGAGAGAGAGUGAGAGAGAGAGAGAGAGAGAAGCAACAUCCUUUUAUUUUUUUCCCCUUGUGCUCUAUGCAUUUCAGCCUGGCUCGUGUCCACAUAAAGAACUUCACACCCCAACUGAUAAACACAGUGUCACGCUACUUAACGUCGCCCAAUUUAGGAAAGCACUUGGUGCUGCACCAGCUCUAAGUUAUGUAAAACAAGAGCAGGUAAAUAAUCUUCUUGUAAACAACACACAGGUGUAAACACUCACUCUUUACCCACUCGGGCUCCGUUACUUCGCCUCCCAUUCACAGCCGGCACUUGGCUACAUCCCUUGUUCCUACAGUCUGUUAACACUCUGGGAAGAUGAGUAAGUGGUUUUCCUUCUGAAACUUGUUAUUAUUGAGUGCCUUGUGUCUAAAGAUGCUAAUGAGAAAUGGAGUGGAGGAGUGGAUGAAUAAAACAAGAUAACACAAUGCAGGAAAAGGACUAAACGUGCAUGAUUCUUCUUAAAUCUACAGUAGCAAGCAAGGUUUGUUAUAUACUAUGCAGCAUCACGAUGUAUGUCUUACUAUCCUUGUGAGGAUCUUCCAGAGAUAUAAUUAUUAAUGCAACUAAUUAAUGCAAUGCACGCAAUUAUACACCUAAACCUAACCCAAAAGGAAAACUUAACCAAAUUUAACCAAAAGGAAAACUUUUGAUUCGUUUAGAUUUGAAGUAAAAAUUGUUUUCUCAUGGGGACCAACCAGAUGUCUCCACUACCAUUUUAAUCUCCUAAAUACGUGUACACACACUUUUUAAAAAAAAAAAUUGUUGUCAUUGUGAUUGCUGUGAGGCUGCUGUUUUAGUAUUUCCUUGUUAUUGGUGAUGUUUCUGUUUGUUGAGUCUAGUUCGGACCUCUUCGGGUCAGUGCUUUCUGAGGAUUACAGCUAAAAUGAACCAGCUGAGUAACUACACACUUUCUCUUCCACACAAAAAUCUUGCAUUUUGCUGAUGUUUUAUGGCUCUGCAGGUUUCUGUGCUCUGUGUGUGCUGAAAAAAAUCGUACUGUCCUGUGGGCAUGACACUGAUGUGUCUCACACUGUUCAGGACUUGUGUGUCUGAAAAAUGAUUACAGUCUCCAGCAGGGGUCAGACUUCAUUAGAACUACAUGUGAGGAUUUCAACAUGUGCCCUUGUGCGUUUGUGUGUGUGUGUGUGUGUGUGUGUGUGUGAGAGAGAGAGAGAGAGAGAAAGGGGGUUGACUCUUGAGUUUGUCUCUUACCGUAGUUACCUUUAUUAAUUAUAGUUAAUUUUCCAAAAACACUCAUAAUAUUUGGGCUAAUAAUAAAAUUCAUCCUUAUAAUUAUACUGUAUGUUAUAGUAAAAAUUCUAAGAACUGCACCUGCAAAACAGUAUUUAUAUGAUUCUCUGUAGUUCUUCUUAUUAAAUCUGAUAUCAGAAUAAUUACCAAGCAAUAAUGGUAAACAAGAUUACUUCAUAUUCAAAAUAAUAAUUGUAAGUUAUGAAUAAUCAUCAUAAAAUUGUAGUGACUGUUGAAGACUUUGAUCAGUGCCGUAUUCCCAACCUUUUUCACUAGACAUUCGAAGGAUGAUAAUAAGCAUCUUUUCAAGGGUUCUUUGGAUGUUUAACGGUUCUGCUUGGAACUUUUCCUGAUAGGGAAAUCCUUCGUUGUAGGGAAAUUUUAAGUAUUCCUGAGAGGAACAAACCUUUAGGAUGCCAGAUGGAAACUUCUUAUCCUAAAAGUGCAGGCCAGUAAUAGAAACCAAGCGAAUUUUAGUUUAGUCUCAGACAUAUUUUACAUUUUUUUUUCAAUAUAUUCCACUGAUUUGCAAUGGUGCUUCUGUAGCUGUGUUCAUGGGAAAUUUAUGGCAUUGGUGUGAUCGUGAAAUGUGGAUGCUUUAUAAUAAUGAUAUAGUAAGUAAGAGUGUGUGUGACCUACUGCAUGACGUUACUGUUGAUUUCAGUUCUUUAUUAGACAUUUUUCCGGCUUGCUGUUUUCGUGUUGCCGCUUGUCCAGUUGUGCGGCUGGUGUAACCUGUCCGCCCUCUUGAGAGGCACUGGAGCUCUGCCAUGGCCACCUGCCUGUCUGUCUCUCACACACACCUGAGACGUUCGGCGAGGUUUUCCACAAACCUCUUUGUCUGUGAGUGUUCAUGCGUCUUACAGACCUUUCUAUAGACUUGUGUGUGUGUGUUUAUAUGUGUGUGUGUGUGUAAUGGGUGAGAUGGUCUGUUGCAGCUGUUGGCUGGUAGAGUGAGCAGCUGUAAGGAUGUGUUUGUCUGGUACCAUUUCUUUGUGGUUUUCUUUCUACCCUGAGUUUUUCUCCAUCUCUCUUUUUUUCCUUUCGUUUCGGUGUCUGUCUGUGGCUGCGUCUAUGUUUGCGUACCUGGCAGAUCCUCUUCGUUUUCCCCUCCAUCUUUUUGACACGAGGAACGCGCUGAGACAGAGACCUAAAGACAAUAAAGAAAGAAAGACUUGCUUUUGGAAUGUGUAAUGUGGAAAAAAAAAUCACGUUAUGUGAGGUUCAGGAGUGAACCACUUGUGCUGAAAAACUGCAAAUUUCCCUUUUUUUCAAAUGUUAAAAAAGUACAGUAGGGAUCUCAUGAUUAAUUCGAUUUAGAUCCAGAAUGACAGUGUGAUUAUAAAUCCAUUCUGUAUGCGUAUAUAUUAAUACAUCUCAUUUAAUACCUUUUUUAUUUUUGUAGUCUGUGUACUGAUUUUUUUCUUACUAUUUUCACUUGCAGCAUUUAAGUAAGAAGUAAAACCCAUUAGAGUGUGUUGUUAUAGGAAACUAAUCAACGAUGGGGUGGUGCGAUGUCGCCUGACACGAAGCAGACUCACUGUUACCACCCAAAGUUGAUUAUUUUCCAUUAAAAGCACAUCCUGAAAUGUUAUAUUCCUCUUACAUCACAGCAGAUCAUCAAAGCCAACAAUUACAGACUUAUAGAAUGACACAUCAUACUUUUUAUCAGUUUAUAGUUACAUUUAAUGUGGCGGAACAUCUGCAAAACAAGUCAGUUCCUGGUUUUACUUGCGUUGUAGCAGACAUAAACAAUCGUUCUUUCACCAGGCUCUCUUUUUCCUCUCUUUUAAAGUUAAUAAGACAAAAAACACGUCAUGUUACUGAGAAGUCCUGCAUCCUGAAGACUUUCCUGUGGUGGAAAACUUGUGUCCAAGCACUGACACUGGAGACUCCUUCCAAAAAGUCUUUAAGAUCUCAUGUUAUUUCUUUAGCAACCUAACUGAGCCUAAUUGAACUAAAUAUCUAAUAACUAAAGAAAAAAAGAAAUACAAAUAAAUCUGAAGCAUUAAAAAGUAUGAUAUGGCUUCCAGGAUUUUCUUUGCUUUUAUGCACUAUGAACACAUAUUGUAGUGUUCCUGCUAGCCUGUGAUUCAGUGUGAAACUAUAGGCUCGUUAGUAUUAGUAAGUCUUUUGAGUAAGCUGACGGCUGUUUAUUUGUCAUCAGGCAUGUUUCGUACUGUUGGAAAUUUUCUAAUAAAAAAAAAAUUAUCUUGUAAAUCAGUGCAUGUUCCAGAAGAAUCGUGAUGCAGCAAAGAAUUAAACGAUUAUUUUCCCAUGCCUAGUAUUUAACAGGGAAGUGCAACUUAAAAACACUGCCAGAAAAGAUGCAAAACAGCUUAUAACAUGCUUGGCAUCCUGUUUCUCUGAGUAACAACUGCAGUAUCAGUGUCAUGACAUCGCACUUCCCAGCUCUGUUUGUUUCCUCUAUUGUGUUAUAACUGGCCUUAGCUUCUUAGUGAAGUUUUGGAGUGUAGGGAUAGCAGUUGUGCCACGCUGUCUAUUUUCCCACACCCACACACCCACACCCACACACACACACACACACACACACACACUAACACACACACACAGUGGUCAGCUGCCGCUCAGACGCCUUCCAGUCAGACUGCAAUUGUGCAUCUCCAUUUCUUUACAGUUUGGUGUUUAAUUAGCAGUUCUGAGUUUUUCUGUGCUGUGGAAAGGAGUGAUUACACACUGAGAGAGAAACGAGAGAGAGAGAGAGAGAGAGAGAGAGAGAGAGAGGGGAGGGGGUCUGUCCUGCAUUGACACAGUAGAGCUGACUGGGUGACUCAGUGUGGCAGGAGAGAAGGAAAGAGGAGGUUCAGAAGACUCAAAUGACGAGAGUAAGAGAAAAAGAAUGAAAAAAAGAAAGUGAGAGAGAGAGAGAGAGAGAGAGAGAGAGAUAGAGAGGGGAAGUCAGCAUGUGAUGCUAUCCUAGUCCAGUCAGUGAGUCAGAUUCAUUCAGUUUAACUUGGAUGACCAGUUUUUCCAGCUGCUGACCAACUCUUUUGGAUUUACUAUCCCACCACAUGCCACGCACGCACACUAGCACAGACACACACACACAGACACACACACGUGUGCGCACACACACACGUUUGCACCCGCAUACACGCCGUCUGCCAGCUGGGAGUCUCUGAUCUGCAGACUGAAUCUGCUUUCAUCUCCGGAUGUGCCACCACAGUCGGAGCACACCGGUCUCCGUCUGGUGUGUGUAUGUGUGUGUGCGUGUGUGUUGGUGUGUGUGUGUGUUCUGAGCCUGCCGGAGUGACAUGGAACUUGUUGGAUUAGCUAUGGAAUGCUGAGCGACUCCCGUCGUGGAAAACCGUGGAAUAUCGUGGAACGAGUUCAAGAGUUUGGAAUUCUUUCCUUCCUUCAGUGAUCCUUUUGGCUUUUUAAGCCCUUUCAUUUUCUUCUCUGCUCAGUCUGGAGUCUGGCAGUCUGAGAUGAGCUCUCUAUGACUGACGCUCCAACUAGCCCGUCCUCGUGGAAGCGUGUCUGUGUGUGUGUGUGUGUGUGAGAGAGUGUGAAUAGCUUUACGUGUGUAGCUGUGCGAUGUUGACAGCGGGUGGGUUGCCUGUGGUAAUGCCUGCUGCCACUGCAUGUCCACGACUCGGUGCUACAGCGUGGAGUUUUUGGGACGUUGUGGGGGUGGACUGUAGCGCCCCCGAGCCACGCUGCAUCUGGGUGGCCGUGUUCCGGGACGACUCCCUCAUCACACACACUUCCAACAGUGAGUCUGCACCGACUCGACCCAGAACAGCUUCAUGUGAGAAAAGGGCAAAGGGGCGAAGAGAUGGGAUCUCGUCAUCCAGUGAUAACCCUCGGCCAGUCCUGGGGGGAGGAGCUGAAGGCAGGGGUGUGUCCUGGCAGGGCCCGCGGACACUGGUGCUCCAUAAGAACUCUCAGGGCUUCGGAUUCACACUGCGGCACUUCAUUGUAUACCCCCCUGAGUCAGCCUUGCACACUAGCCUCAAGGAUGAUGAAAAUGGAAACGGAAAGGGUCUACAGCGAAGUCGGCUGGAACCAAUGGACACCAUAUUUGUGAAGAAUGUGAGGGAGAAAGGCCCUGCUCACCAGGCUGGUUUGUGUACAGGUGACAGAUUAGUAAAGGUGAAUGGGGAGAGUGUGUUGGGUAAGACAUACUCCCAGGUGAUAGCACUAAUUCAAAACAGUGAGAGUGUGUUGGAGCUCUCCAUAAUGCCAAAGGAUGAGGAUGUACUGCAGCUGGCGUACUCUCAUGAUGCCUACCUGAAAGGGAACACGCCAUUUACAGGAGGGGCCCAAAAUCUUCCUACACCGCCCCCUUUGUGCUACCCACCACGUUCCCAGCCUCAUCCAAGCCACACUCCCUGCCCCGCCCCUUCUCGGUCCCCCCACAUGGGACAGAACCAGCUGGACAAUUGGAGCCGCUGGCCCGGCUCUGCAUCCAGCCCAUCCCCACCACUUGACAACCGGACAAGUGUACCUACCACCACCAGUAUGGCCUGGGCAUCAGAGGGCCGUGAACCAGGGGGUGUCAGCCACAGCAGCCCUGCCCAUCGCACAGAGGAAAUCCGGUAUGGUAUGACUGAAAGAGGACGUUCAUUCUCUUCCUCAACUUCCACAAGUCCACCGCACCACACUCACCAUGGGAACAACAGCAAGGACAACUUGUCAUGGGGCAGCCCGCCAAAACCUGCAUCAGUGUCAAGUUCAUGCCGCAGCGAACGCACCCAACAAGCCCUCACUAACUGGUACUACAACCAGGUGUCAGAACGGGAGCGGGAACGCUCAACUGUCCGCUCUCUACACCAGCGACAACGCAGUUUCUCUCAGGACCGUCUGGGAGAGCUAAGCCGAAGCAGACGGACACAUAGGACUGAUUUUCCCCAGAGCGCCUCUCAUGACACGUUGCUGCACCAAGGGCAGCAUCCUCAUUGGAUGCAGGUAAUGCCUUCUGCCUGCCAGAACCGUUCUUGCUCCGAGAACCUUCUCCGCAGUCGCUACGGGCACUCGGGUCGCUCAUUAGAGGCUCUAGACCAGGUACUUUGCCCGCUCUCGCCACACCGCGAGAGACAAGCCUGGCAGCAACAGCCCCAGAGGCAGGGAAGCCAUUUUAGCUCGGCACAGACGCCACCUAGUGCCCGUCGUGUGCAAGUUCAUCGCCAACACCAAUCCCAAUCUUCAGAGCAGCACCGUUGUCAGCAACACUCACCCCAACAGCACCAACACCCCCCGAAGCAUCAAAAUCAAAUGCAUUCAUCACAACAUCCACCACAGAGCCGCCGUUUGACCUCGUGCCAGAGUGUGGACCAGGAGCAGAUUGGCUACCGCAGCUACAGUCCCUCUUUCAACCGCAAGAGUGGACGAAUCCUGCAGCAUGCCCAGUCGUUCCGGGACCCGUCCUACACGGGCCCACGCCUCAGCUGGACCAGUCUUCCAGAGGGCAUGGCUCCAUCUCCUGCUCCAUCACCUGCCCCUCCUACUUGUUCAGUGUCUGGUGAAGGACAGGAUGGAACUCAUCGUCCGACUAACCAUGAAAGAGAGGGCGGGGAGACAGAGCUGGAGAUCCAAGCGCAGGUCCAAGAGGUGGUGCUAAGACAAAAGCCACCCAUGGGCCGAAGGGCUGGCCAUGUCCACCGACUCCCCCUGGCACUUGAUGGCAGUGACCCUCUACUUUUCACCUCGGACCCUGAAGAAGCCCUGCUCAAGUCAGAGGGUUCUUCCUCCCAACGGCGUGCAAACGGUAAUCUAGCACCGCUCUCUGUGGAGGAUGACUCGCUGGCCUCUAUCCCCUUCAUUGAUGAGCCAACCAGCCCGAGCGCAGAUCUGCGGGCGUGUCACGUCCCCGCCUCGUCCGUCGUGUCCAGUGGCGGCCUUAAGUCCGCCUCCGCUGUGGGGACCAGCCCCGCCUCCCCAACCUUCACCUUCCCCCUCAGCCGCCUCUCUUCCCAUGACUGCAGCAGCAUCAAAUCCAGUCGCCGCUCUUCCUAUCUGUUGGCCAUCACCACCGAGCGCUCCAAGUCAUGUGACGAGGGACUCCACACUCUCAGAGACGAUGGGCGGGUCUUCUCGAGGUUGCCAAAGAGAGUUAAAAGCUUCUUCGGUGAUGGGUCCCUGGACAGCUUGACGGUGGCUGACGAGGCUCGCUCUAAACGUCACUCUGCCUCGGAGCUGGGCAGCAUCAGCUACAGUGACGUGAGGAAAGAAGGAUGGCUGCACUACAAACAAAUCCACACUGAGAAGGGCAAGAAGGUGGGCAGUGCCAUUCGUCCCUGGAGGCGGGUCUUCUCAGUGUUGCGCUUCGGUGCACUCUACCUCUACAAAGACAAACGGGAGGCACUGCUGAAAGGUGCCGCCCUGGGAGGCGGAUCCGAAGACGAGCAACCAAUCAGACUCCGAGGCUGCCUGGUAGACAUUGCGUACAGCGAGACGAAGCGCAAGAAUGCGCUGCGACUGACCACGCAGGACUUCUGCGAGUACCUGCUGCAGGCUGAGGACCGAGACGACAUGCUGGAGUGGAUCAGAGUGAUCCGGGAAAGCAGCAAGACUGACAGCGAGGAGUUGGGUUUCACUCGACAAGCUCUCAUCAACAAGAAACUGAAUGACUACAGGAAGCAGAGUCCGACAGGUAAUAAGCCUGACUCAUCUCCCCGAGUGCCACGCAUGACCUUCUUGCUCACCAAGGCUGACACCAGCAGUGCGCCCCCACGCUCGCCCAAACACGAACCCAAAGAGGAGAGCAGUCCUCCCAAGUCUCCAUGGGGCAUCAACUUCAUGAAGAAAGCGAAGAAGGCGGACCCGAAAGCGUUUGGAGUCCGGCUGGAGGAUUGCCAACCCGCCUGCAAUAACAAGUUUGUUCCCCUGAUUGUUGAGAUCUGCUGUGGCUUGGUGGAGGAGAUGGGUCUGGAGUAUACAGGAAUCUACAGAGUGCCAGGUAACAACGCUGUGGUGUCCAGCCUGCAGGAUCAACUCAACAAGGGCAGUGACAUUAACACUACAGAGGAGCGGUGGCAGGACCUGAACGUGGUGAGCAGCCUGCUCAAAUCUUUCUUCCGCAAGCUUCCGGAGCCCCUCUUUACUGAUGACAAGUACAAUGACUUCAUCGAUGCCAAUCGUAUGGAGAAUCCAAGUGACAGGUUGAAGACCUUGAAGAAACUGAUCCAUGAUUUGCCAGAUCAUUACUUCCACACUCUGAAGUUUCUAAUUGGUCAUCUGAAGACUGUAGCCAAUCACUCGGAGAAGAAUAAGAUGGAGCCUCGUAACUUGGCACUAGUGUUUGGACCCACUCUCGUGAGAACAUCGGAGGACAACAUGACAGACAUGGUCACCCACAUGCCUGACCGCUACAAGAUCGUCGAGACUCUCAUCCAACAUUAUGCCUGGUUCUUCAGUGAGGAACAUGACAAGGAUGAAAAGACGCCAGUGGACACAGAGGAAGUUCAACCUGCCCCCAACAUAGACCACCUCUUAUCGAACAUUGGCCGAGCUGGGCUCCUGGGCGAGAUCUCAGACUCAACCAACAGUGAUUCAGCUAAAUCAAAGGGCUCGGGAGGAUCGAAACGUGACCUCACAGCCAAGGACUUCCUGACGACGCUGGCCAUCAUGUCUGCUGUGACUCGAAGGCGCAGAAAACGACCUGUUGCCCGCCUCCUGGGCAGCAGCACUGACGACGACUCCGAACAGGAGCCAAUCAGAGCCGAUCUCACUGUGGAGGGAGAGGGGGAGGGAAAGGAGACGGAGCGGUGUGAAUCUGACACGGCUCCGCGUGCAGAGGCAGAAGAAGAUGAAGAUGAGGAAGAGGAAGAAGAUGAUGAAGAGAAUGUGGAAGUGACUAUGGCCUCGCCAGGCAAGGACAAACCCGGAAUGCCUUGUGAGGAAGAAGCGCACUCAGUGAUCCUCAGUGAAGAAGAGGACCAGAGGUUGGAGACGAAAGGUCGCGGCUGGAGAGGGGAUGAUGCACGUUCUAUUGUCUCGGGUUACUCCACUCUCUCUACGCUGGGGCGGAGUUUAGCAUCUGAAGGCCGGGGUGAUGACGCAGAUGAUGAGCAGAGCGAGCUGGUGAGCGAGACGGACAAUGAAAGCGGCUUUGCCUCACGCUCUCUCACUCAGGAGCGUCCUGAGAAACGCACACCACCUCCAUCAAAUACACACACCUCACCAGAACCGACUGCACCACGCAGCUUCCUGUACACGCACUGCAAACCCUCCAUACCUACUCCUACUCCCGCUCCCACUUCCAUUCCAGCUCCUCCACCCGCCCCUUCCAAACGCCCCACCCCUGAGCCUGUAGAAAAAGGAACUGAAAGUGCAGCACGCUCCUCCACUCCCUCCACUUCCUCUUCCACUGCCUCCCAGCGCCUCCAAAACCGACCCUCCUUCAACUCCCAUCGCCUCAUUCAGUGUGACACUUUAGCGCGCCGGCGCCUAAAAGCAGAAAAGGCCAAAGCUCGUUCACUAGAUCCUUUAGAAGUCUGUAGUGCUUCACCCACCGAGGAUGAACAGCAGGCCAACAAAGGGCGAACGAGAACCAGCCUUCCUGAAUCCUCCCCUUCUCACUCACCCAAACUGACCCCAUCCAGUGGUCACCUGUUAGCUCUGCCCCCUGCCCUGGGCUCCACCUCUGGCUCCGCGAGUCAGGCAUCACUGGCAGAGCAGGUGCGUGCACGUCUGCUCGGUUCAGUGGAGGACAUGCGUUCUGUAGGGCUGAGGAAACCUCUUUCGCCUGAGACGCGCCGGCGGAGGCGGGCCUGGAGGAGACACACAGUGGUGGUCUCGUCUACGGACUCCUCCCGCAAAAGCACUCAAGUCUCCUCUGCCGUUAACAACAACAACAAACCCCCGGCCCCGCCCCCCAAACCUUUCGUUUUAAUCCGACGUCCUGGGGAAAAGCCCAUCCUCGUUCCCCAGCGCUCCGCAGCCGACGCCCCUUCAUCACACCGGGCCCCGCCUACCUCCCAGUUCCACGAAUGCUUGUGACAGGAGUAAUCGGAUUCUUUAGGAGUGUGUAUGUGGAGGUUUCACACCAAUACCCCAUUUUCCAUUAACAUGGUGCUUGUUCUGGGAGUCUGGGAACCUUUUUUUUUUACAUUUCCACUGGUAUAAGAGCUAAUAUUUAUACAUUUUACCAUCCAGAGUCUGUGAAGAGAGCACAGGGGCAUCAUCACAGACCAUGAUUACACCCAAGACAACUUACCUUUAGCAACAUAGUCUGAUUGCGCAACUUUUUAGCAGCAGUUUUGCUAGCAUUAGCUGUAGCUAUGUGGCUACUAUUUAGUUAUUUGUAAUUUCCAGUGAAAAACCACUGAGGCAGCCACAUAUAUCAUUUUUCAAAAAUCCCUCUGUUCAUGUCUUGUUUUAAAGGUGGCCAUGGGUUGUUGUUAUGGCAAUGAAAUGGCGCCAACCCAAAGCCCCAAAAUUGCCCGUUUUCGGUUCCAGACAAGUAGCAUUAUAGUGCUGGAACCACACCAAUUUCCCAAACUCUUCUGAGAUUAUACACCCACUUGAUUAUGCACCUAGUUGGUGGAAGAGGGGUAUCAAUGAACGGGUUCGCUAACUGUGUGUUUCCUUUUUCCUCAUUCAUAGCUGCUCUGCUUGCAUGGCACAGGGCUUCUUUUAAACGUUGCCAAAGUUUUUAUUCUCUCUCUUUCAUUCCUUUUAGUGCUCUUUUAACACAGUGUUACAAAAGGGCCAGAGAGCAGCGGGGUCUCUACAUGACAUUUUAAAGAACUGCCAGGGUUCUUGCCACACACUCACACUGGAGUCGUUGUGUGUUUCGGUGCUUCACUGUGUUCUCCCUUAAGAUGUGUCCCCAUUCUCUCACUGUGUCCAAUGGAGGGAAUGCCAAAUUAAAAUUCACCCAAUUGUACCGUUUCUUUUUCUUUUCACCAUGACGAUGCUGCCUCAUCACAGAUCCUGGGACAAUGAUAAAUGGUACACAAACUUUUACACAAAUACACACAUUCUUUCAUCCACUCAGCUAUAGACUUCAGCAGAGUAUUAAUGCAGUAUUAGCGAGGCAGUGUUUGCCGACGUCAGAUGUGUUGAAACUGACCUUUGACCCCUAACUUCGCUCAUGUCCCUUUCAUGUUACUUUGAGAAACCGCAAGACAAAUUGUGGUGUGUUCACAACUCACACACACACACACACACACACAGCUCAUUCUAAGCAUUUCUUCAUCUGUGUACGUUUGUGUGUCUGAAAUUGUUUGUGUAUAGUGUGUAUGUGCGUUCAGCUAUUUUGUAACAUUUGUACAAAGCCUUGCUAAGUUAAUCUUGUAAAUAUGCAUAUAAUAUCAUAUUUGUUUUUCUUUUCUUUUUUUUUAUAUGGUUUACAAAUGUGCACAUCAGUGCACAAUCAUUUCUUUUAAGAUUUUACUUGAAAUGGUUUCUUUACUGUUUCUUUUUGUUUUGUAUACAGUAUAUAAAAAAUCUAUAUUAUAUAUUUUGUAUGAAUAUAAUAAGUACUUUUGUUUGGGGUGUUAUUUGUUUUAAACAAAACAAACAGAACUAAACCUCCGAUAGACUGUUGUUUAUUUCUUCAUAAAUGGCCUUUUCUCUGUGACUUACAAGUACUAUGCAGAACUCCAUACACCUCAGUGCAAAGAAAAGAACUUUAACCUGCAGAAGAGUGUCUGUCCAACGGCCUGUCACAUGCUAUAAUAAAUUCCUUAUUGCUGGG